AUGGAGUUUGAAUUCCAUAUGAGGGAGCUAGACAACUUGGAUAAGCGCAUAAGACCGUACCUGGAGAAAAUUGGCCAUGAAAAAUGGUCAAGGUACUCUACCAUGACAUCAAACAUAGCUGAGGCACUGAACUCAGCAAAUUUAGCAAAGAAGGGAAACACCGGUGACAACAUUAAUGGAGUGAAACCAGCAAACCAGAACCUGUUUGAUGUGAUAGAUGAAGACAGAACAAGAAUAGUAAACUUGAAGGAGAAGACGUGCACAUGCAAUAGAUUUCAAAAAGAUGAAAUGCCAUGUAACCAUGCAGUCGCCGUCAUGAAGGACUUGAACAUAAACACAUACAACUACUGUGCACAAUACUACACAUCAAAAGCAUGGCUGCAAACAUAUGAAGAAACAGUAUACCCAGUUGGAAACGUAAGAGAAUGGGAACUUCCAGAUUUUUUUGAAGAAAUCAUAGUGUUGCCUCCAAAGGAGAGAAUCAAGUCUGGAAGGCCGAGGAAAAGAAGAAUGGCAGCAGCUUGGGAAACAAAGAAACAAAACAAGUGUGGCAAGUGUGGACAAAAGGGACAUAACAAAAAGACCUGCAGAAGAAUUACAGCAUAG